AUGAAGCGGACAAAGAAGGCAUCGACGUCUCUUGCAGCCUGCGCUUCCACACCGCCUGCUUCUUUCCUUCCAGUUGCCGCUGCCGCACGGAAGGGUUCUAAAGUGGCUUCGUUGUCUUCUGAGACGUUGCGUGGCGGGCCUUGUCACGCCCAUGUCUCUGUGAACGACCUUGUGGCGUAUGAGUAUGUAGACGAGCAUCACGCGUGGCAGUGGGGACUGGCCACUGUCGCUGCCAUUCCAGCGCCUCGUCUUGUGCAGCUUCUGCGGUGGCGUCACGACGGUGCAUUGUCGCACUACAAGCAGGUGCCGGGUGGCGCUUUGGUGCCACCGGACGAGAGGGAACGGGCGGUGGCACGACUCGAAGAGCUGCAGCACCUGCGUGCACGUGUGCAAGAGGAGAUGGAGGCAGUACAGAAGGCGCUUGCGGCAAGGCAGGUGGCGUAUGCGUUUUUGCGACGGCAGAUUGAGAACGCAGCGAGCGCUGCGGAGCAAAUGCUCACAGACGUCCGUGCCCGCAUCAGUGAGGUUGAGGCAAGGGACUGGCGCGAGAUCCGCUGCUACCCCAACCCUCCACGCGUUGUCGUGCUCGUCAUGAGGGCGGUGCUCACUGUUAUCGGGGAGAAGUGUGUGACGUGGACGCAGAUUAAAGGCGUCAUCCGCAGCCCGGAGUUUGUGCGCACGGUGGCGCAGUUUGAUCCCGCCAAGCUGAGUGCAGCGACCAAAGAGAACAUCCAGAGGCAGUUUCUGUCCAACCCCGGCUUCACGUACGGGGAUGCCAUGAGUGGCAGCCAUGCUCUGGGCUACCUGCAGCAGUGGGUGGUGGCGCAGCUGGAGACGUCCAGCACAGCCGAGAAACUCGCUACCUACGACGCGAAGCACCUGAACGAGCGGGCCGACAUCACCGGCAUGGAGGAUCAGCUUGCGGCGCUGCAGCGGGCGUUGCAGAGGUACGCUGUGGAGGAGGGACGGUUGCGCGCGAUGCUAGAGGGGCGAUCAACGCCGGCCAGCAAUAAGGCUGGAGAGACGGCGCACUCCCUCCUUGACGAGUCGGCGGCGGAGGACGACAACGACGCAGGGGACAGCCGUACGACGGAGGAUGUGGAGGCUCUUAGCGGCACAGGCGCCAUUUGGUCCUUCGCGGAAGACUCCAUCGUGACGUUGCACGCCGCCAUCCUUUGCAGCUACGGCAAGUCGGAAGGCAUGGUUACCCGCCUGACGGCCGAGCAAGUGCAAGAGCUGAAGGACGCGCUGAAAAACCGCGACACCGGCUUGAAGGAGAAACAGCGCGCCGACGCUGCCCACCGCAAGCUGCAGGCUGCACUGGAGGAACUUCGGGGGGAACACGGCCGCACGCUGCAACGGCUGCAGGAGCUGGAGAGCGGCAAGCAUGAGACGCAGAAGGAGCUCGAGAGGCGUCAGCGGGAACUGGAGAAGCUCAACCUGGCGAUCACCGAGGCUGGUGUGCAGCUGCACACCUCGCGGCGGUCGUCCGCAAGCUCCCCAUCGCACUUGACGUCGCGGGACGUUCGUCCCCGUACGCCGCAGCUUCUUGCUCUCAGUCCCACCGACGAUGCUUCCAUGGGCCCUCUCGAAGAUGAGGCAGCGGUGGAGGACUCCACCGCGAAAAUUGUGGAUCUCGAACAGCGUCUUUGGCGGGCGCUGCACGAGAACCCGACGGCGGCGCAGCUGCAGUUGCUGGAGGACGACCUCCGAGCCACGCAGGAGGAGUUGCGCUAUGUGAAGGAGGAGCUGGACAAAUUCCGUACUGCAAACGCGCCAAACCACUACACCUCCUCGGCGCUGCAGAUGGACAAAGCAGGCGUGCCCGAGGCACAGCUGGCGGCGGCUCAGCGGCGAAUCGGGGAGCUGGAGGUGGCACUUGAGGAGGCACUCCGGCAGGGGAUGUGGCAACCGGUGCCACCGUUGCAGUGGAACACUAAUGGGGAGGGAAACAUCAUGGUGGGCGAGCUGCAGGCUCAUAUUCAACGGCUGAGCGAGGAACUUUGGCGGCAACGCCAAGAUGCGGAGGAUGCCGCCGAGAAGCUAAACACUGAGCUGCACGCGCACGAGGACACCCGCCAGAAGUUGGCGGACAAACAGCGGGAGCUGACAGCGCUGUGGGACCGUCAGCGCACGACCGAAGAGGAGCGGGAGUCCACCCGCACUGCACUGCAAGAAAAUGAGCGUCAACGGGAGCAACUACGCGGCCACCUGCCUGCGCAGGAGGCGAAGGAGCGAAAACUACGGGAGAAACUUCAUUUACCGCGCCAGGUGGAGGAUCAGCGGGGUUUAAAGUCCAAAGCCGCCGACAAACGUCGCGCGGUGCAGCUGCAGGAAGUUGUGAGGCGACUCAGGGACGAGUCUGCGCGGCAGUCACGGGAGGCAAAUUCGACGGAGAAGCUCCUCGAGGAGGUGCGUGCGCAGCUUGAGGCGGCGGUGAUGGCGUAG